CCCUCCCUAAUCUCCACCCAUCCAUUCUCCCUAUCUCUAUCUACAUACAUACAUUUUCAUAUUUCUGAACAAGUGGUUAUCGCCGGCGGCAGGCUUGAGUCCACAAGAACUGGCUAACUCACAGGAAAUUCUGGAGGAGACUGGCAAUCAAAGGGUGGUGCUCGCCCUAUAUGAAGCCUUGAGCGCUCGAGACGUCGACACGGUUCACAAGCUCCUGGCCUCCGACCUCGAGUGGUGGUUCCAUGGCCCUCCUUCCCACCAGUUUAUGAUGCGCCUCCUCACUGGCUCCGAAAUCAACGACUUCCAAUUCUUCCCCCAGUCCUUCGCCUCCUUCGGAUCAACCGUCCUCGUUGAGGGCUGCGAUCACACCCGUUCCAUCUCUUGGGUCCACGCCUGGACCGUCACUGAUGGGAUAAUUACUCAGGUCAGGGAGUACUUCAACACGUCCCUUACUGUCACCCGCCUCGGCGUCACUGACCAAUCCUCAUCCUCAAUCACCUCCCUCCACUGUCCCUCCGUUUGGGAGAGCAGUGUCUCCGAUCGGGUCGGAAAAUCUGUUCCGGGUCUCGUCCUGGCUAUUUAAAUCGGGUCUUUGCCGUACAAGAAUAAAAAAAGGGUGUAUUAGUACAACCCGUUAUAACGUGUAUGGGCUGAAGUAGCAUCGCGUAUUGCGCGUCUCAGACGAUGUAAGAUAGUUAUCGUUGUUGUGUUUGGUUUGGCUUUGUGUGGUUUUGUGUUGUGUUUUUACUUUUGAUUAGGGGAGUGUUUGGAUUCAGUGUUUUGUGCGUCCCGAUCAUGGUGUGGUCGGUCCCAGAUGUGUCUGUUCUAUGGCUUGUUGGUUGUACAAUAAAAAUUAUUUCUUGUGGUUGGCUUCUUAA